AUGUCUUCUUCCAUUCAGGAAAUCCAGUUCGCCAUUAGCCGCAUUAAUCGGGUCCUGGCCAGCAAAAGGACGCCAGGUUACAGAGAUAUUCGUCUAGGCCUGGAUCGUAUAAGCCGUGUCGUACCAGACAAGCAAGAGUGGAAGGGUAUUCAUGUUGCUGGCACCAAUGGUAAAGGCUCAAUAUGCACAUUUCUUGCUGGCAUGUUCAAGCUCGCUGGUCUCGGUUAUGGAAGCUUCACAUCCCCCGCCUUUCCUGAGAGGCACAAUGGAGUCGCAAUCAAUGGCCUUUAUGUGAAUCCGCGGAUGUACGACAUGGAAAUGAAGCAUGUUGAGGAAAAGUACAAUCGCAUUGCUGCUGGUUGGAGAUACAAGCACGGAGAAGACCCUCCGAAUCUAACACCAUUCGAGUUCGAAACAGCAACAGCAUUCCGAGUAUUCAACAAAAUGCAUGUUCCCUAUGGUAUCGUCGAAGUUGGCAUGGGCGGUGCUACCGAUGCAACCAAUGCCAUGAAGCAAAAGUCUGUCACCAUUAUCUCCAAGAUCGGCCUCGAUCACCAAGAGUACCUCGGAAAUUCCCUCGAAAACAUUGCCAAGGUCAAAGCUGGCAUUAUGCAAAAGAACGUUCCUUGUAUUGUUGACCACACUAACAAGCCUUCUGUCAUCCAUGUACUACGAAAACACGCUCGAGAAGUUGGAACAGACAUCAUCCUCACAUGGAAGGGCGAACCUUUACUGUUAACUCUCGAUAACUCAAGGUGGAUGCUCGAGAGCUACCAAGUCCAGAAUCUGUUGUGUGCAGCCAUGGCUUUCCGUCAUCUCUUCCCAUUGCAGGAGAUCAACUUGGACAGGCUCUUGGAAACCGAGCCUUUCUUACCUGGUCGAUUGGAAACAGUUCAAGUCAACGCACCACUUUCUGGUAUUCAGCCACGGGAAAUUCUCGUCGACGGCGCUCACAACAUGUUGGGAAUCACAGAAUUGCGCAACCAUGUCAACAAACGUCUACGAAGAGAUGGUCAACCAGUGACUUGGGUUAUUGGUAUGUCCCAAAGCAAGCACAAGCCUUUCUUCAAGAUGAUGGAAAGGCUUGUCGAGCCCCAGGACAACUUGGCUAUGGUCGAAUUUACUCAAGGUCCCAAUGACCCGCAGCCUUUGCCUGCCUCCUUUGGUGCCGAAUACGCCAAGACGAAGCAAAUCCAUCCUAGCAAUGUAUACUCAGGAACGCCCGAUAUUGCGAGUGCUCUUCCAUGGGCUUGCAAGAAGAGUGACGGUGGUCCUUUAGUGGUUACAGGAAGUCUUUACCUGAUCCGACAAUUAUUGAGCCUUAAAGGCAUCCGUCGAUCAAGAGAACUAGGUACGAGAAGACCUGGCAGAGCUCAACUCUACCGAUAUUCCAAGAUUGCUCGAGAGAGAAAUCUGACAGACGAGGAGGCACGGGAGUUCAAACAGGCGAGACGACACCACCACCUAUCACCGAAACUAAAUAAAGUCUUUGCCCAAGUAAGAGAGGGCGGCCCUAUCCAACCACUAGAAGUACCCGCCAAGACAAGAGAGCUGCAACAGAUGGCUGCGUUUCACAAGAAGCAGGAAGAGGGAUAUCGGAAGUCUAUCGCCGCCAUUAAGAGGGAUAUGGAAAACCCAAAUAAGAAAACAGAGAAGCCUGAAAAGGCCGUGGAAAAUAUUGCCUCCCGUCUUGAAGAUUUGGAGGCACAGGCUGCGAAGCACAAGGCAGACUAUCAAGAUGCCAUGCUCAAAAUUAGGGGACGUCCUGCACUACCGCACAUGAAGUACAAGAGUCAUCGACAAGCGUUUGGGUAUCCAGCGACCCCCAAGCGCCCAACCAAGUCCCCUUUCGAACCGAAAGGGGGAAAGAAGCGCAAAGGCAAGUCUCGCGUUUCAGGGAAGGAGAGCAAGGAGAGCUUUAAAGAUCAACUCGCUGCGGCUGAGAAGCAAAGGGCACUGGAGAUAAAACAAGCCAAGAUGAGGGACAGCAGCGAUCCUUUUGAAUCACAGAUGGCUGCUAACAGGAAAACGGAGUGA